CUAUAUGUGUAUGUGUGCUCAACCAAAUUGAAAUGUCUUGUCCGAUCAAUGUCGAGGAAGCACAGCGAAGUCGAGCCAUCACCGUGGCCGACUGUGCUCCGGGCGACGCGACCCCGGCAGUGACCGAGAUCAGCGCGACGGGGAAGCGCGGCAUCCCGGUGCUCGUUGCGCCGCUCCACAGCCAGCGAGAAUGUGAGGGAAGCGGAGGGCGCCGCGCCAGUGCGGAGGAGAUGAUGAGCAUGGGGUUCCAGGGCUUCCUCCUCCUGGAGGAGAAGGACGACGACGAUCCGGUGGCGCAGCGCAAGAAGUGGUUCAAGGAGAUGCGCGGGUGGCUGAUGGUGCUGGCCACCGUGGCGGCGUCGGUGACCUACCAGGCCGGCCUGAACCCGCCCGGCGGGUUCUGGCAGGACGGCGACCGCGCCGGCAACCCGGUGCUCCGGGACAGGCACUGGUCGCGGUACAUGAUCUUCUACUACUUGAACGCCACCGCGUUCGUGACGUCGCUGGUGAUCAUGGUGCUGCUGAUGAACGAGCGGUUCUACCACACGGAGACCAAGGUGGUGGCGCUCAUGCUCACCACCUUCAUCGACCUCAUCAGCCUCAUCGGCGCCUACAUCGCCGGCACCACGCGCUUCUUCUCCUCCUGCAUCUACAUCAUCGUCAUCGUCUGCGUUGCCUUUGCCGGGGUCAUCUACUUCGGAGAGGUGAUGGCUGAAAUAUGCAAGUUCACCGUGAGAAAGAUGCCCUGCAUGCUCCGACUUACGCAGAACAAGUGGUUCCCAAUGCCGGCGGAGGUGGUGAAGGGUCUGCAGCAGGAGGAGGAGCGCAUUAGCCAGAAGAGGACGACGGCGGGGAACGGUCAGCGCGGUGGCUGCUGCGCCUGCUGUGCGCCACGCGCGGAGGGCUGAUCCUGCGCCGGCACCACGCCUUCAGGAGGGGCGCUGAACAGUGAUCUGAUUAAACCCCGGCUACACACACACAGUGCACCAUCAUUUUCAGAACCUGUUGAUAAUAAAAGACUGCCUACUAUGCCACACCAUGUUUGUCCUUUUACACUUCUCUCAUCGAUCAUGUAUGAUCUAUCUCCAUUCUCCACAUAGAGUUGAGGAGGCUUGUGCUUUUGGGGGUUCAGUUGAUUUAACACCUGGAUUGGAUUCAUGAGGCCCUUUUCUUCAAAAAUACAAGUCUGUUUCAGAGCGAUUCUGCUUGAAACAUCUCUGUUGUCCGUCUGUUCUCCAGUUUCACUAGAGAAUCGAGCUGUUUCUUCAU